AUCGGGCGUCUAUCGGAAGACUGCCGCACUUUACGGUGAAAGCUGGGGAAAGUCGUUUUUAAACGUAGUGCUUGGCAUUGUUUAUAUUAGCGCGAACCUAAAAUGUUUUCGGCAACGUGCGUGGCUCCCGUUAAUAUGGCCCUGGUUAAAUAUUGGGGCAAACGGAACGAGGAACUGAUACUGCCAAUCAAUGAUUCCGUCAGCAUGACGCUGGACGCAAAUGAAAUGUGCGCAAAGACCACAAUAACCACCUCGGAGAGCUUUAAGCAAAAUCGUAUGUGGCUGAACGGGGAGGCGGUGCCCUUUGAGGAGAAUGCACGCCUCAUGCGUUGCCUGGAGGGUGUACAGCGUCUGGCCCUAGCGAACGGUGCUCACAAAUUUCCGCUUUCCUGGAAGCUGCACAUCGCUUCGUACAAUAAUUUUCCCACUGCCGCGGGGCUAGCAUCGAGUGCUGCUGGCUACGCCUGCCUCGUCUACACGCUGGCCCGUCUCUACGAGAUACCCCUGAACGAGGAGCUAACCACAGUUGCGCGUCAGGGCAGCGGCUCAGCGUGUCGCAGCCUCUACGGCGGCUUUGUGCACUGGCGUCGCGGCUCGAGUGCCGACGGCAGCGAUUCGAUCGCUGUGCCGCUGGCGCCCGCUGGCCAUUGGCCCAAUAUGCACAUGCUGAUACUGGUGGUCAACGAUGCACGCAAGAAGACCGGCUCCACCAAGGGCAUGCAGCUGGGCGUCAACACCUCCUCGCUGAUACAGUAUCGCGCCAAAGAGGUUGUGCCGCAGCGUGUCAAGGAGCUGAUGGCGGCAAUUGAGAGCCGCGACUUUAAGGCAUUCGCUGAUAUCACCAUCAAGGAGUCGAAUCAAUUGCACGCCAUUUGCUUGGACACAUAUCCGCCGUGUGUCUACAUGAACGAUGUCUCGCACGCGAUUGUCAAUUUUGUGCACGAUUACAAUGAGACGGUGGGCUCCUUGCAGGCCGCCUACACCUUUGAUGCUGGCCCAAAUGCUUGCAUUUACGUGCUGGCUGAGCAUGUGCCUCGUCUUUUGGCUGCCAUUCAAUUGGCGUUUCCCAAUGAUGCGCAACAGAGCGUUGAAUACCUCAAAGGGAUUCCGGUGCCGCCCGUUGAGCUAAAGAACGGUCUAAGGGAUGCCUCCAUCGGGCAUAUCAAUCCCAAAAAUAUGCUCAAGUACAUAAUCCACACGAAAAUUGGCGAGGGUCCGUACCAGCUAAGCGACGAAAAGAGUUUGUUAAUUGACGGUUUUCCACUGCCCAAAUAAUAUUACUAAAUACCUUAGACUCUUCCUAGAUUCCGGGCUCAAUUUUACACGCUUGAAAUAAGUUGACUUAAUUUAUUUUUGACUAUAACUAGAAAAAUCUAGCUAAGUUCGGGAACUUUCAUUUUUCAUUCCUUUUUCUUUGUACUCAUAUGCAUUGUUUAUUUUUUUAUUGUUGGCACAUUUACAAUUAACACUUCAUUUUUUUUUCCAUUCUAUUCUGGUUUUGUUAUUCAAAUAAAGCUGCUCGUUUAACCUUUCGCGUUCGUGUGAAUUUUAAAAACCUAUAAGUUAUUUAUAUAUAUAUCGCAUAUAUCUUUAAACACCAAAUAUUUUGUAUUUAUAAUUUCUUGCUUUUUUUUUUAAAUUUAAAUUUCACAAUUCGUAUUAGUUCAUUGUGGACAAAUGAAACUAACACCAGUGUGCGUCCAGUUCAUAGAGAUGGGAGCUUGAUCAGCUCCGUUAUGUGCCUUAAGCAUGCAUUACGUAAACAGUGUUGCCAACUUUAAAAAAGAAGCUGAAUCUAAUUUAAUAGCUGAACUAGCUUUUUGCACAGUAUGUACUUCAAAAUUUCACUGUUUUCGGCUGACGGCUAGAUUUAGCUAGAAAAUAGCCGAACUGGCAACACUGCUCGUAAAUGCUUGAACAGAAUCGAAAUAACUUAAAAACCUAUAACAAAUGGCAAAGGUGACAAUAAUAUUAGUCUCAUGACAUCUAUGAAUAUCUCGAAUUUGAAUUAAAUAAUCCAAAUGUCUAACAAAAACAAUGUUCAAGUAGAAUUGUAUAUUUUAUAGUCGUAGUCAUGUAGUAACUAAUAAGACAACUUUCUCCAAAACAAAUAUUUUAUUGUUUUGGAAAAAAAAAACACCUUGGUAUUAGAAUUUGUACAAGCCCUACCCUUAAACGUGUUUAGAUAAACUUUGUAAGCUGCUUUCCAAAAAAUGUUACAGAAAAAUCUAUAUGCAAAGAAUAAAAAUGUGUUUUCAAACGUGAAUUCAGAUAAUUGUUUCAAUCUGAAAACUAUUUGUCAGUCUAUUAACUAUUUAUCUAUUUCCCAAUUCAAACUAAUCAAAAAUCAGCCAAUAACAGGACAAUAAAUGGAGCUGGACAAACUGCAAAAGCUCCUCCACAGCUAUAAAAUCGUUCUAAAGUUUAUGUAAAUAUAUAUAUAUAUAUUUUCUUAGAAUCAACAUAUAGUAAUACUUGAUCUUAAAAAUAGACAUAAGGGUAACCAUAAGUAUGCUUGUAUGUACAUCUAGAACUAAAUAAAAAAGCACUUUUCAAAAGCAAUUUAAAGAACUGCGCUGCAAAUAAGGCAUUGCACUUUAGUAUAAUCAAGGCUUAGGCAAAAAUUAACGUUUUCUGUAUAAAAAGGCACUAUUAGCUAAA